UCUAUUGGUCGCCAUAAGUUUUGUGCGCAGCCGCGCAGUGCUGUCUGUAAUGAGCCAGUCCUGUGCGAGGGACUAACUUUCAGCAAGUACGGUGUUAGUUUGCCUGACUUGGAAAGCUAUAUACAAUUCUGGCACUGGUCACUACAUUCUGUUGAACUACAAACGAGGAAGGACAAAAUGUUAAAUACUGUUAGAGAACGCUACGAAGCGUUUUUUAAAGAGAAGAAUGUGGUAACGGAUUUUCUAGCGGUUUUAGAGGAAAAAACUGGAGUACAGAAACAGUACAUUGCAACAGGUGCAGUGUCUAUUGUGGCACUCUAUCUGUUAUUUGGAUAUGGGGCCUCCCUCCUCUGCAACUUGAUUGGUUUUGCAUACCCAGCAUAUGCCUCCAUCAAAGCCAUUGAGAGUAACAAUAAAGAAGAUGACACCAAAUGGCUAACCUACUGGGUGGUUUAUGGACUCUUCAGUGUGUCUGAAUUUUUCUCUGAUAUCUUCCUCUUUUGGUUUCCCUUUUACUAUGCUGGGAAGUGCCUGUUUCUGCUGUGGUGCAUGGCUCCAGUCUCAUGGAAUGGCUCUCAGAUCAUAUACACACGUGUGGUGAGACCUUUCUUCCUCAAACAUGAAGCAACGUUCGACAAUGUUGUCAGCGACUUGAGUGGAAAGGCCAAGAGUGCAGCAAAAGAAGGUUUCACAAUGCUGAACAGCGAUAAGAAUAAAUGAUUUGAAGGUGGCAAUAUGAAGAAUCAUUUUACCAGGAGUCUCGUGUUUACAUUUGCCUUUUUAUUUUUUGACUAGCACAUUGUUUAAGUCACUAACCCCACUGAAAUAAUUAAAUAAUCUUAACUGCAUCUGAGCCAGGCAGCACAAUCACCCUAAAAAUGGCCCUUAAAUGUUCUUGAAUUUCUCAAAUGGUCCACAGAUUGUUUUGGGAUACUUUUUAAUUUAAUUUCACACUUCUGUUUUGUUCAUCCUAUACUUUAGCACGUUGACCAAUGAAAAGAAUGUUGAAGUCACUGUAUUUUAAUAAAUAAAACUGGAAAGAUCUAUACCUAAAUAUGAAACAUGUUCUUCAGAUUUGUAUUAAGUUUAUUUUUGCCAAGUUACUCAGAACUUUGUUUCUGUUGUGUCUCAGGAAAAGUUAAACAGGCUUAGCUUUAUCAUUUUGUCUUUUUUUGUGUAUUGAUAUAUGAUGGUGAAUUUGCUUGCUAUAGAGCUCACAUGGAUGAAAACUAAAAGUGUGAAACUUGUCAAUGUGUCAAUUUUCCUAUUCUCUAAUGUGCUUUUAGGCUUGAUCAGAUCAUGAAUGCGGCAGGUGUUUAAUUUGCAACCUUGAACUUCAGACUUUCGAAGGAUCAGUUUUCUGUAGAAGUCUUAGGUGGCCCAUUUAUGGCUCCAGUGAUCUAAGGACUUGAGUGUACGUCUCACCCCACUCACUGAACUACCUGGGCUUGAGUGCUCACCUUGUCUGCAUACCAUUUGCUUCAGAUGUUGGAUGUUGGAGCUGGGAUUGACAUUACACCUGAGUGGCCAAGGUUCCAGUACAGUUGGAAGACCAAGACGGACGCAUCUAUUGUUAGCAGUACCAGUAAAUAAAAAAAAAAGAAAAAUUGUAGAUAUUGAUUUGAGACAAAGAUACACAGAAGUGCAAAUAAACAACAGUUUACUACCGUU